GUGCGUACGCCAGUUUUAUAAACCUGACCCCUGAACUUUUCUCUUUUUGUCCUUCAGUCCCUCAACAGGAAUUGGGCCACGAGGCACUGAUCCUCAAGGACCAGCAGCUCUACAAGCAGGAGAGGAACUACAGCCUGAACCAGGAGGAACCAGAACUUCCACAGAUCAAAGUAGAGGAUGAUGGGCUCUGCACCAAUCAGGAUGAAGAUCAGCUCCACCUGAAGCAGGAGACUGAUCCGGUUCUGGUGACUGUUUUAUAUGAAGAAAGUGAACCAGAACCAGACAAAGAGCAGCUCAUCUCUCAGAGUUCUGCUGGACCUGAGGACCAGGACCAGGAUUCAGGGUCAGAUGAGAAGAUGGAUCACACAGAGGGUCAUCAUGACCUCCAACAGGAACCGGUCCACAAGACAUGGAUUCUCAAGGACCAGCAGCUCUACGAGCAGGUGAGGAACUCCAGUCUGGACCAGGAUGGACCAGAACCUCCACACUUUGAGGACCAAGUUGGACCAGAACCUCCACAGUUUGAGGACCAAGAUGGACCAGAACCUCCACAGUUUGAGGACCAAGAUGGACCAGAACCUCCACACUUUGAGGACCAGGAGGAACCAGAACCUCCACAGAUCAAAGUAGAGGAUGAGGAGCUCUGCACCAAUCAGGAUGAAGAUCAGCUCCACCUGAAGCAGGAGACUGAUCCGGUUCUGGUGACUGUUUCAUAUGAAGAAAGUGAACCAGAACCAGACAAGGAGCAGCUCGUCUCUGAGGAUCAGGAUUCAGGGUCAAACGAGAAGACGGGUCACACUUCAGCCACGUCUGACAGGUUGUUUUCUUGUGAAAUCUGCGGGGAAACCUUUUUAGAGAAAUCACUACAAUCCCGUCACGUCAAGGUCCACAAAGUCUGGAACCAGAACUUUGACCAGCUGCUGUAUUGUUGUCCCACCUGUGGGAAAAAGUUCUCUGCUUAUAACCAGUUAGUCAUCCAUAUGAGGAUCCACACAGGUGAGAAACCAUUUUCUUGUAAAACCUGUGGAAAAAGUUUUAAUCACAAACCACAUCUGAAACGUCACAUGAGGAUCCACACAGGCGAGAAGCCUUUUUCCUGCCAAAUCUGUGGGAAAAGUUUUAUUCAAACCUCUGCUCUGGUUAGUCACAUGAGAAAGCACACAGGUGAAAAGCCAUUUUCUUGCAAAUUCUGUGAAAAAACAUUUUCUACCGUUGCGGGCUGCAAACAGCACGUAAUGAUUCACACAGGGGAGAAGCCAUUUUCUUGUAAAACUUGUGGAAAACGUUUUAACCAACGUUCAAGCGUGAAAAGCCACAUGAAAGUGCACACGGGCUUUCACUAUCUGAGAGAGUAUAUCGGUGAAAGGCUGACAGCUGCUGCUGCAGAAAUCUUCUCCGAGUUUGAAAAAACCAUCCUGCGGUACGAAGAGGAGAUCGACCGUCAGCGCAGACUGCUGGAUCUCUGCUGGAAACCUGAACUGAAGCUGCACAGAGUCGAACAGGAUCCGGUCCACGAGACACCGUUUCUCACAGACCAGCAGGAGGAGCUGUUAGAACAGCCUCCGUGGAUCAAAGAGGAGCAGGACGAAGCAGAACCUGUGGAGAUCAAAGCUGAGGAGGAGGAGCUCUGCACCGGAGAGGAGGAAUAUCACCUGGUGACCACUGUACCUGAGGACUACAGUGAACCAGAACCAGACAGGGACCAGCUCACCUGUCAGAGUCCUGCUGGACCCAGGGACCAGGACCAGGAUUCGGGGUCAAAUGAAAACGAGGAUCAGUCACCAAAGAAGACGGAGCGCACAGCCUGUUAUCACGCUGAGCGGCAGCUGUGUAACUUAUCACUUAUCGUUGUGGAAGGUGACGGCGCUUUCAUCCGGCCCCGGGAGGAAGGGUCUACGGCGGCGGCUCAGGACCAGAGUCGGGAGUCCCGGAACCCCUGGUCCCACCUGAAGGACUACUUCGUCUUCACGUCCCGGGARGAGAGCAACGCCCGGGUCCUGUGCUUCCGCUGCGUCAUGUGUCGCCCCAAGGACAUCACCAUCAAGGGCCAGGUGAACAGCUUCUACAACCUGAAGUCUCACGUCCGGAGGAAGCACCCGGCGCACGCCGCCCAGUUCGAGGAGCGCGUCAAGGCCGGCUCGUCCCGCGGGAAGCACCGCCGCUGCCUCGCCGGCCAGGAGCCGCCGCCGGGCGCCAAGAGGGCGCGCCACCUGGGCGAGGCGUCGGCCCCCAGGGUGGACCCACGCAUCGUGGAGCUGUUCGGAGACGACGCCCUCUCGCUGCACGUCGUGGAGACCCCCAACUUCAUCGGCCUGAUCAAGAUGCUGAACCCCAACGAGACGUCCACGUCCUGCGGCUCCAUCAUGGCCGGACAGAAAGAGCUGCAGGAUUAUCUGACAAGGUAUUUAUUCCAACUCUACGAGUUCAACCUCCAGCAGGAACCGGUCCACAAGCCGGAGCUGGUUCUGACAGACCUGCGGCUCUGCAGCCAGAGGAGGAAGUGCAGCCUGGACCAGAAGGAACCAGAACCUCCACAGAUUGAAGCAGACCAGCAGCAGCUCUGCAGAGGUCAGGAGGCCGAUCCGMUCAUGGCGACGAGGAGCAUCUCUCUGAGUCCUGCUGGACCCGAGGACCAGGACCAGGGUUCAGGGUGGAAUGAACAGACAGAACACACAGACUGUCACCACGGUAACAAGGCUGCAGCACCUGAGAGGCUGUUUUCCUGUAAAAUCUGUGGAGAAACGUUUCUGCAGAACUCACUGCGGAUCCGUCACAUCAAGGUCCACAAAGUGUGGAGCCAGAACUGGGACAAGCUGCUGCACUGCUGUCCCACCUUCUUCGUUCAUUUCAACCUAUUUUUUAAAACGAUGUCUUCAGUUCCGCAUCUUAAAGACUUUAUCAGAGACCGGCUGACAGCUGCUGCUGCAGAAAUCUUCUCCGAGUUUGAAAAAACCAUCCUGCGGUACGAAGAGGAGAUCGACCGUCAGCGCAGACUGCUGGAUGUCAGCUGCUGGAGACCCGAACUGAAGCUGCACAGAGUCGACCUCCAACAGGAACCGGUCCACAAGACUGGGAUUCUCAAGGACCAGCAGCUCUGCAAGCAGGACUGGAUCUCCAGCCUGGACCCGGAGGGACCAGAACCUCCACAGUUCGAGUACCGGGAGGAACCAGAACCUCCACGCAUCAAAGAAGAAGAGCUGGAGCUCUGCACCAAUCAGGAGCAAGCUCAGCUCCACCUGAAGCAGGAGGCUGAUCUGUUCAUGGUGACCGUUUUAAAUGAAAGUGAACCAGAACCAAAGGAGCAGCUCGUCUCUCAGAGCUCUGCUGGACCCGAGGACCAGGAUUCAGGAUUGAUUGAAAUCACAGACUGGUCACCGACGAGGAUGGAUCACGCAGAUGAUUCUCACAGGAACCAGGCGGGUCCAUCAGCACCGUCUGAGAAGCUGUUUUCUUGUAAAAUCUGCAGAGAAACGUUUUUGGAAAACUCCCUUCUGCUGCGUCACAUUAAGGUCCACAAAGUCUGGAACCAGAACUCGGACAAACUGCUGUACUGUUGUCCCACCUGUGGGAAGCACUUCUCCUCCUCCAGUAAGUUAGUCACUCAUGUCAGGAUCCACACCGGAGAGAAGCCGUACUCCUGUGGCGUCUGUGGAAAAACCUUCAACUAUAACUACACUUUGAAGUCUCACAUGAGGAUCCACACGGGGGAGAAGUCCUACUCCUGUCGGGUUUGCGGGGCCAUGUUCAGCACUAAAGGAAGCUGCACUGUCCACCUGAGGCGGCACACCGGCGAGAAGCCUUUCUCCUGCAACUUCUGCGGGAAAACCUUCACGAUCAACGGGGACUGCAAACGACACAUGAUGAUCCACACCGGGGAGAAGCCGUUCUUCUGCAAGAUCUGCGGGAAAACCUUCAAUCGGACCUCACAUUUGAACCGUCACAUGAAAUCUCACACGGGCGGAGAAACCUUUCAGCAAAUGAUCUAGGAGAAAYUUUCAGGAUGUGGAGGAAAAGUUAUAAAAAAGCCUUAAAGCUUCGAGUCCUGUUGCGCCAAAAUUGCACUUCCUGUUUCUGGAACACUUGUAAACACAGAAACAUCCAAAAAUUGUGCCUAAAAACUCAUAAAAAUAACAUUUCUUCAAUCAAACAUUUAACAAAUCAAAAAGUAAAUGAGUUGCACUAAAAGGCGUAAACAUUUAAUUUAACAAACUUAAAUCGGAGUAGGAGGCCGGUUGUCACACACAAAAGCUAAAACAGGAAGUGUGUGUGUGAGGGGAGGUUUGGUGGGUUUUUUAGAACUUAUGACCUAAAAAUAAAAGUUUUACCCAGCAGAUGAAGCGUAUGAGCUCAGUUAUAGGCUGUAAAUAUAAAAUAAUGUAAAUAUGUUGUGAAACUUUUUAUACGUUUUUGUCCAYUGUGAGUUGAAAUGAUGCUCCAACGUGUUUCAGUCUCAUUUUCUGUAAAGUAGCAUCUGCUGCGCUGCUCACAGUUCUCAUAAAARCUCUUAAAUGUUGGCUUUUUAAAAAAUAUUCUUGUUACGACCUGGAUGGCUGAGAGUUUAAACAUUUGUAAAUCUGUUCUGUUUCUGCGUUUUAAGUCUUUCUGUGCUUGAAUGAACAUAAACUCUGCAGGUGCUGUAUGUGUCACYACACAGAUCUGUAUUUAAAUUAGCUGAUUUUAAAUUUAUUUAUCGUCUUUGUAAAGAUGGUCAAACCGUCAUUUCAUUAUAAUAUUCUGCUUUUAUAUUAUUGUGUCCUAAAAUUUCUAAAUGUUGCAAUAAAGUACUUUAAUGAAUAA